ACAUGUCUACUUCAGUGAGAAAAUUAAAAUGGCAAAAUUAACAGUGUAGAUUGAUGACAUCUUCUUAGACCACAGCUUAGAGCUCAUGAAUGAAAACAAAAAAGGAAGUAAAAGUAUAAAGAAAUGUUUAGAAAAUGAAAAUUAUGGUGUCUCCCUAUUUAAUGGCCAUGCUUAGAGAGAAGGUCAUAGGCUAAUUAGGGUCCAAGGUUGUUCACCAGACGCCCAGCUCAGCCAGGACAACAGACAACUCCUGUGCCCAUGGCCCUCCCACUGUCUCUGCUCACCGUCCUGGUGGUGUUCAGCUGUGGCCCCAGUGGAGCUCUGGGCUGUGACCUACCUCAGAACCACAUCCUGCUCAGCAGGGACAACUUGAUGCUUUUGAGGCAAAUGCAGAGAAUCUCCACUUUGUCCUGUCUGAAGGACAAAAAAGACUUCAGGUUCCCUCAGGCAAUGGUAAACAGCAGCCAGGUCCAGGAGGCCCAGGCCAUCUCUGUCCUCCAUGGGAUGCUCCAGCACAUCUCUGACCUCUUGCUCACAGAGCACGCCUCUGCUGCCUGGAACACCACCCUCCUGAACCAGUUGUACAUGGGACUCUAUCAGCAGCUGGAAGACCUGGAGCCCUGUUUGCUGCAGGAGAUGGGAGAGGGAGGAACUGCCCUGGCAUCCCAGGGACCUACACUGGCUGUGAGGAAGUACUUCCAGUGCCUUUUUCUCUACUUGAAAGAGAAGCAGUACAGUGACUGUGCCUGGGAGGUUGUCCGAGUGGAAAUCAUGAGAUCCUUCUCUUCCAUAAUAACCUUGCAAGAAAGGUUAAGUAACAUGGACUGA